ACUACAAGCUACUACACAAUUUUCUCCCCCCCAAGAAAAGCGUCUGAGAAACGUGUAACGAGCUCAAACCCUGCAGACAAGGAGAAGGAUGACAGUGAGACACGUUACAUCGGGUUAUUAACGGUCAGCCACGCCCACACGCGUGCCAAUCAAAGCUCAGAACGUCAGGUUGCGGGUCUGAGCGCGCGUGCGGACGGUGCGUGAUUAAACAGCGAUGAACUUACAGAGAGCGUGAAGUGGAUCCGUGGAUUAACGGAGGCUCGAUUAGACAUCACAAACAAAUAAAGAACAGAGAACGAUACAGAAAAAAGAGAAUAUUAUGAACUUGCCUUCACAUGCAUCGGAUUAUUCUUUAUCAGAUUGCUUUUGCGCGUGUGUUCUGAUCUAUUUUAUGGGGGGAAAACUUGCAUCCCGGACUGGAUAAUACACAGCAGUGUUUGUGUCAUGCAACAGCUUCACGCGCACAUCUGGAUUAAAAAAUCUCUGCUUUUCUCUGUGCAUGGGAAUGUGACAGCUCUGUAAAUAUGACAGCUCAGAAGUAUGGAGACUGUUUCACACUAAAGACGCAGGAAAAAGACAGGAAAACCUCACUCAUGUCAAACAGGACGUGGUUUUGGGAGCUGAACUGAUUGACAAGCCUGAAGAAAAUGCAGAUGUGCCUGAUGUUAAAGGUCUUGUCAGUCUUGUCUUUUGUGGUUGUGAAGGUGCAGGCUGAGCUCACCUGUGAUGCCGUGCUAUUUCUGGCUUCUGGAAACCACACAUUGUACCAUCUGGAUCCUGCUAAUCGCUCUGACACUAAUAACUCGGGUGUAUUUUGCAGAACAGCUAUCGAUGGUAUCGGCACCUGCUGGCCGCGCAGCGUGGCCGGUGAGGUGGUGUCUCGUCCGUGUCCAGAGUUCCUCUAUGGAGUCCGAUACAACACCACCAAUAAAAUCUUCCGGAAGUGUCUAGCCAAUGGGACCUGGGCCUCCAAAAGCAACUACUCUCAGUGCCAAGCAAUUCUCAACAUUCAGAGAAAAAGUCGGCUGCAUUACCGAAUUGCUGUCAUCAUUAACUACAUGGGACACUGCUUGUCACUGUUCACUCUCCUUAUCGCCUUUGUCAUCUUCUUACGACUCAGGAGUAUUCGUUGUCUGAGGAACAUUAUCCACUGGAACCUCAUCUCUGCCUUCAUCUUGAGAAACGCGACAUGGUUCAUCGUUCAGCUCACCAUGAACCCCGAUGUACAUGAGAGCAACGUGCCAUGGUGCCGUCUAGUGACGAUGGCAUACAACUACUUCCACAUGGCCAAUUUUUUCUGGAUGUUCGGCGAGGGCUGUUAUCUCCACACGGCCAUCGUGCUCACCUACUCCACAGACAAGCUCAAAAAAUGGAUGUUCAUUUGCAUCGGAUGGUGUAUUCCUUUCCCGAUUAUUAUCGCCUGGGCCGUCGGGAAGCUGCAUUACGACAACGAGAAGUGUUGGUUUGGGAAAAGAGCAGGCAUCUACACAGACUACAUCUACCAAGGGCCCAUGAUUCUGGUGCUUAUGAUAAAUUUUGUGUUCCUUUUCAACAUAGUAAGGAUCCUCAUGACCAAACUCAGAGCCUCCACCACAUCCGAAACCAUCCAGUACAGGAAGGCGGUGAAGGCCACGCUCGUGUUACUGCCUCUGCUCGGGAUCACGUACAUGCUGUUCUUUGUAAACCCAGGAGAGGACGAGAUCUCGCAAAUCGUCUUCAUUUACUUCAAUUCGGUUCUGCAGUCCUUUCAGGUUCUGGUUGAUGGGAGUGUGCAGCGAGUAUGAGGUACGAAUCAGUGUCGGUGGAGGGGAAUGAGAUGUUCCUGGUGUGUUGAGAGGGUGUAAAGAGGCUAGCGCUUCUAAAAUGUUUGAUAAGACAGUUUAGAUGAGGUUUUAGAUGAUGGUGGUCUCCGAAUAUGGAGGUACCUGGGUGGGAUAUAAAUAUAGCACCUUCAGGGUUGGAGAUUUGAUUCUGUAUAGGUCAUGUGUGCAUGGAGGUUUGCUUGUUCCCCAUUUGCUUUGGGGGUUUCCUCCGGGUGCUCCUGUUUCCUCCCCUCGGUCCAAAGGCUUACUUACUGACCAAAUACUGAUACUGGAAUCUCCUUCUGAUGCCUAACCAUUAGGCAGUCGUGGCCUAAUGGUUAGAGAGUUUGACUCCUAAGCCUAAGGUUGUGGGUUUGAGUCUCGGACCUGCCACGACUGAGGUGCCCUUGAGCAAGGCACCAUACUUAGCCGUAUGUCACAUCACUUCAUAAAAGUCCCAUUAUACAUUAUAAAUAACUCAUAACAUUGGGAAAUACUUCCAGAGCUGCUAGGAACUAAUCACUACCAUCUGACUAAUCACUGAAAUAUGUUUUUGGUUUAAAUGCCUGAAUGCUGAUAUUGCUGUCUUUUUUCUUUUUCUUUGCAC